CGGCACAUCUUCGCCCCUACAUCCGCACAUGUGCACCAACCACCAAGAUUGUGCUGAGACACUUGCAAGUCAGACUUCGAAGGGCAGCAGCAGCAGCUUUGACUCGCACGCCCAUCGGAGCAAGUCGCAGUAACAAGCAGCAGCAGGCUGGAAGCAAUCAUCACAUCAGCUUUCGCGGCCGGGCACAAUGAGAGCAGCCAUCAUAGUCGCGCUCUUCCUGAUCGCCGUACUGCCGCCGCCAUUCGCGCUGGUCGUACAUGCACUUCCACUCAUCAGACUCCCACCCUCGCAACUCACCAACCGACGAGUCUGGCCAGCAGGAGCGAUGCUGUCCGCACGCGCCAUCGGGACCGACAAGACGAGAGCAGCUGGACUCGGACUGGGGGAUGAGCUUCAACUUGCGCAUCGUCAAGAGCCGACGCAGUGGCAUCUCUGCCAAGCCUAUCCCGAAACACCGGCCUGCAAAGCGCAGCAGAAGAGUUUGAGUCGAGCGCUGCCGCAUGAUUCGAUUCGCACGUGACUGGCACCGAUGACGGAUGGAUAUAUGCCAACAAACAAGAUGAACCACACACGGACGGCGUACGCGAUGCGUAUAGGGAGCAAAGAGGACCAACGAGACUCGAUCACGACUCACGACUUGCUUGCUGGCAUGCAAGGGCCGGCGCAGUGCGUGUGCGUGUGCGUGCAGCAGGGACCGAGGAUGUCAAGAAGCGAGGAUGCGAGGGCCACAUGAAUGACGGCGGGGAGGAAGCGCACGUAUGGAGCUGAUGGGGGCCUUCAUUUGAUUAUGCCGCAAGCCGGAUGGGAGUA